AUGGCAAAGCGACGCAAUGAAAACAACCACAUGCGCCGUGAAGAAUACGAAGCAGUAGCAGCAGAAGACGCAGCAGCAGAUGAAGUCACUGCUGAAUCGUUUGAGAUUGGAUUUCAACGGGCUAGUGACGAGUCGAUUCGUAAGCGUAAAAUUGUCAAAGCACGGUCUGGAAAUCGUUCGUCCGUUGUGACCAAGCGUAAAGCAGCUACAGAUGGAGAUAAUACAGUCCAAUGCAAUCCAUUUGGAGGUUUUCAGGGACUUACAGCGGCUACACCUGCUGCUUCAAACCCGUUCACUGGAUUUUCAGGUCUUACGAGCACAGUGAAGAAAACGAGCAAUGAGUCAAGUACGACGUCGUUGAAGAAAUCGUACCAGGAAGCAAUGGAGGGACUGAAUAAGGAGUUUCUGGCUUUUGUGACGGGUCAGUUGCAAAGUAACCCGAGUGCAAACUGGAUGAAUGCAGUGCAGGAUUAUGUGAAGUACGCGGGAGAGAUUGCUACCAAGUACGCGCUUACUAAGCCUGUUGCGAUCAGUGAGACGAAACAAGCGGCACCAGCAACCUUUUCAGCUAGUGCGACGUUGAGUUGUGCUCCAAGUGCAAAGGCAGCCACCGCUUUGUCGGAUACGUCCCCCUCGUUUGAUGAUAGCAACGCCUGCGCCAAAGAGAAGGAUGAUACUCCAGUCAGCAGUGGUUUGUCGCUCAAUAAUGACUCCAAGAAGGAUGACAAUUGUCGACCCGCUUCGGCAGAAUUUUCCUUUGGCAGCGCUGGUAGCUCACUGUUUACUGCCAAGCCUGCCGAUGAAGAGGAGAAGACUAUUUCUGCGUUUUCGUUUGGAUCGCUGCCGAAACCAGCGGCUCCUGCAGCGUCCUCUGCUUCUGCUACUGGUGGUAUCUCGUUUGGUAACGCCGGUCCUGCCAAGAGUAUUGCAUCUGCAUCAAGUGGUGGUUUUAGCUUUGGGUCUUCAGCUCCAGUGGCAUCGACGUCGAAGUCGACGGCAGCUAAUGACGAAGACGAGGAAAACAUUGGACGUGAGGAAGCUACUGUCAUUAUCAAGGCUGAUUCUUCCGACGACGACGACUGCACUUUUGAAGCUGAUAAGGUCAAGAUUUUUGAGUUUAAGAAAGACGAGAAGCGCUGGGCAGACAAAGGUGUGCAUCCUCUUCAGGUGCUUGUCAGUAGAGACACAAAGAGUGCACGCAUCUUGGUCCGUAAUGAGAUUGGUAAAGUUGUGUUGAAUGCAGCAUUAUACAAGGGCAUGGCUGUUCGUCCACAUGAGACCAAGGGCAAAAAAACAGGCGUGACGCUAGCGUUGCAAGUUGACAAUCAUUUGACGCAAUUUUUGAUCAAGAUAAACGCUGCGCGAGUGGAAGAAUUGAUUCUGGCUCUGGAAUCCGCCGCUGGUUAA